GCACUAUUGUAAAGUGGCUGUUCCACUGGAUGUCUUAAGGUGAACGCACCAAUUUGUAAGUCGCUCUGGAUAAGAGCGUCUGCUAAAUUACUUAAAUGUAAAUGUAAAUGUGGCGGUGGGUCUUUGAUGUUAUGGGGCUCUUUUGCUUCCACUGCUUCCUUGUUAAGGUCAACAGCAAAACCUGGUUGCCUCUUCCAGGAGGUUACACCCUGGCUGCAAGUGAAUCUUCCAACAAGACAAUAACCCCAACCAGACUUCAAAAUCCACAAAGAAAUGGUUAAUUGACCAGAAAAUCUAGAUUUUGCAAUGGCCAUCUCAGUCUCUGGACAUAAACCCAAUUUGAAAACCUGUGGUUUGAAUAGAGUACCACAGUAUGAGUCAUAAUACCCAAAAACCAAGAGGUCAAACGGGGAAAUGGUUCCAAUUGUUUUGCUCAGAACCAUUUCCCUGUUUGACCUCUAGGUAUUAUGACACCUCCACUGCGGGGGUCUAUUGAAGAGGGCAGUCCAUAAGCGCAGACAAAGGAUAUCAAGGAUCUGGAAGGAUUAUGUAUGGAGGAAUGGUCUAAGAUCCCUCCCAAUGUCUUCUCCAAAAAAGGCUCCGUGCCAUUAUCCCCGCAAGUUGAGGUAUUGAAAGGGGUGUCAGAGUUUAAAUAUGUCGUGGAUAAGGGAAGGUGAAUUGAACCUCAUUGAGAAGCUCUCAGCCAACAUACUGAAGGCUGGCCCGAUGCCCAAACAUGUGGCCUUUAUCAUGGAUGGCAACCGGCGCUACGCCCGCAAGCGUCAGGUGGAGCGCCAGGAGGGACACACACAGGGUUUUGACAAACUGGCAGAGACACUACGCUGGUGCCUGAACCUGAGCAUCCAUGAGGUCACGGUGUACGCCUUCAGCAUCGAGAACUUCAAGCGGUCUAAAGACGAGGUGGACGGCCUCAUGGAGCUGGCCAAGCAGAAGUUCAUCAGACUGCUAGAAGAACAGGAUAAUCUGGAGAAGCAUGGGGUGUGCAUCCGGGUGUUGGGAGACCUGACACUACUGCCUCUGGACCUGCAGCAGCACAUAGCCAGGGCUGUGGUGGCCACCAGGACUCAUAACAAAUGCUUUCUGAACGUGUGCUUUGCCUACACCUCAAGACAUGAAAUCGCUAAUGCCGUCAGAGAGAUGGCUUGGGGCGUGGAGCAGGGACUUAUCAAAUCCAGUGAUGUGUCGGAGGCCCUGCUGAGUAGGUGUCUGUACAGCAGUAACUCUCCCAAUCCUGACCUGCUCAUUCGCACGUCUGGAGAGGUGCGACUCAGUGACUUCCUGCUGUGGCAGACGUCCCACUCCUGCUUAGUGUUCCAGUCAGUCCUGUGGCCAGAGUACUCCUUCUGGAACCUGUGUGAUGCCAUUCUGCAGUAUCAGCUCAAUCACAGACCUCUUCAGAAAGCCAGAGAUCAACACAGAGAGGAACAGGCCCUACAGCAGCAUGAGGCAGACCGGGCCUGUUUAGCAGACCUCCUACAGCACCACGGCAAUGGAAAGCCCCUGGAUGCCCAGAGGAGACAGGAAGCACUGCUCAACUACACUGCCAGCCGAGAGGAACGGGUUCAGGACUUCCUUGGUGCACUCCAGCACAAAAGAGACUCCUUCCUUACUGACUUAACCAGCCAAGCUGCUCUGGCAUAAAGAGGGGAUGAGAGGAACAUAAUGCUCCCCAUCUUGAAUUGGGGGAGCAAUCCCAUCUCUCUUCCUCUUCCCUAAAGGGCUGAGUGGUUUUAAACUUCUUAUUUUGUAUGAGUGAUUUUACCCCUAUGGGGCUGUAUGUGGGAUAUUUGUGUAUAUUCUAAAAGAGAAGUCUGAUCAAAGGCUAAUAAAAAGAGAAGUCUGGUAAAGAGCUAAUAAUUAUAUAAGUUCUGUAAAAUCUGUCCGUCAAAUGCAUGCCAUCGAUAUUCUUGUUGGAUUGAUAUUCACAAUGAAAUCUGAGUACUCGCUCCCAGAGAAGAUACACAUCGGAGGCAACCAUUUACCACAGCACCAGCUACACUACAUGACCAAAAGUAUGUGGACAACUGCUCGUCGAACAUCUCAGUUCAAACUCAUGGGCAUUAAUAUGCGGCAGGUAACCUAGUGGUUAGUGUUGGGCCCGUAACUGAAACGGUUGCUAGAUCGAAUCCCUGAGCUGACAAGGUAAAAAUCUGUUGUUCUGCUCCUGAACAAGGCACUUAAGCCACUGUUCCUAGGCCGUCAUUGUAAAUAAGAAUUUGUUCUUUACUGACCUGCCUAGUUAAAUAAAAUGUCAAAUAAAAACA